AAAGUAUUUAGCAAUUGUAGGUUUUGUUAGCGCAUACGCAGGGUAUAUCCUUCAACUUUACGGACUGUCUUUAAGCUUGGCGCAUGCGUUUUACUUUAAGUUGUUUUUGUUUUUUUUAGCUAUUAGGGAGUGUGUUUGUGGGGCUGAGCGGCCAGUUCAACAUGACGAAGCACUGCGAGUGCGAGAAGCGAUGAACACGGAGCCCGGGUGCGAAGAAGAGGAGCCGAGUAGCAAGAGGAGUAGAAUCGAGGAUUUACCGGAGACCGAGGCAUACUGCACCUCCCGGGGGAGCCGGGGCCCCAACAAUAGCACCGUGGGGAACAAAGUUUUUAAACAGUGGAACCUACACCAUUGGUUUGGACAAAAAAGGCAAAGAUCUGACGAAUUUAACAGGUGGCACAGGAAACAUCACAGCAAUAAAAUAGGCAAGAUGAACUCGGAUGAAAAUGACCCCAUAUGUGCUGAGGGCAAGAGUCACUUACAAAAAGUUUGCCAGCAAAAUGACAUGCUUCCAGAAAACGCUAAAGCAAUUCAGUUGGCUACGCCAAGCACAGGAACCCUCUCUGAAGAUGAGAUUUUCAAUAAUCAGACAUACGAUAACAAACAACCUUCUAUUACAGACGACACUGUGGGUUCACCCCAAAUCACCACCAUUAGUGAUGCUGCGUCUCCUAUUUCUGGACCCCCUUCUGAUGUUGCCUGUGGGGAUUCAGGGGCCAGUCUCCAAGAUACAGAAACCUAUAUGUAUGAGGAUGCUCAGAGUCCUGGAGAACAGGAAAGUAAAUCUGAAUCGUCCAUGGAUAUGGACAUUAAAAGCAGCCAGGGCUCAGAUGAUGACCAACCUUUAUUGAUAGAAUGCGAACAGGAGAAAUCCAGUGAAGCUUCACACCCAGAACCCCAAAGUGAUGAUCUGAAAGAUAAGAACAGACUAGUUUUAGCUUAUGAAACUGGAGCAAGGGAAGGCGAGAGUAUCUCAGACGAAGGGACAGAAAGCUUUCAGCCAAAGACUUGUAGCACAGGGGAGACCAUGCAAACAUCUAUUCCAAGCAUUGAUGACACCCAAUGUGGGAAGAGGCUAGCCACAAUCACAAACCACAUUUCGCAUGCACGUACCAAACCAGAAGAGACAUGGAGAGAUGGGGACUCUCACAGUCAUUCUUCAAACCUUGUUGGGCCUAAAAAGACAUGGCUGGGCACACCGCUGGAAGACAUGAGGAGAAUGCCGGUGUGUGCCAUGGCUCAACCACCUCUCAGACCAUCCGGCAACCACACUGUUACUGUCAAGUUUGAUAAAUUGCAGGAAGGAAAAGUGCCUGAGCCACAUCCGAUUUUCUUUAAAGACACCUGGGACAUGCAGCAUGUAAAGAUGCCUUGUUCAGACCAGAACCAGUACCCAGUGGACCAUAAUGGUGUAAAGAUUGCUGUAAGCAGGUGGAAGCUGAUUGAAACAUCGCUGAGGAACAAUAUCAAAGAUGUACGCGAUUUGAAGAAUGCUAUUUUGAAGUACAAUGUGACAUAUUCUAAGAAGUGGGACUUCACAGCUUUGAUUGACCUCUGUGACAAGGUUCUUGAACGAGCAGAGGAGAAACAUCUUUUCAAGUCAAUCAUCCCUGGCAUGGUUUCUUUAGCUUUAAGCCUUCCUAAAAUCUGCACCCAGCCUAUUCCCUUGCUGAAGCAACAUAUGAACCACUCCAUCACGAUGAGCCAGGAGCAGAUUGCCUGCCUAUUGGCCAACGCCUUCUUCUGUACCUUCCCUCGACGAAAUUCCAAGAAGUCUGAGUAUUUCAGCUACCCAGACAUCAACCUGAACAGGUUAUUUGAAGGAAAACAUCCCAGGAAGGCAGAGAAACUGAACACACUGUUCUGUUACUUUAGAAGGGUUAUAGAUAGCAAGCCCACUGGACUGGUGACUUUCACAAGGCAGCAUCUUGAUACAUUUCCUGACUGGGAGGGUUCUUCUAAAAAACUGACAAGGUUACAUGUCACGUGUGAAGGUACCAUAGAAGGCAAUGGACACGGAAUGCUGCAGGUGGAUUUUGCUAAUCGUUUUGUUGGUGGAGGUGUCACUGGCGCAGGACUGGUUCAGGAGGAAAUCCGCUUUAUUAUCAACCCUGAGCUAAUCAUUUCACGCCUUUUUACAGAAGUAUUGGAUAAUGAUGAAUGCCUUAUUAUAACAGGCACCGAGCAAUACAGCGAGUACACUGGGUAUGCUGAUUCCUAUAAAUGGCACCGUGCUCACACAGAUGAGUCACCAAGGGAUGAAUGGCAGAGACGAACUACAGAAAUUGUUGCUAUUGAUGCCGUCAAUUUUCGCCGCUCGCAAGACCAGUUUGCCCCUGACAAGAUUAAGAGGGAGCUAAACAAGGCUUUCUGUGGAUUUUCCCGACCAAGAGUUCCUCCACAGAACUUGUCAGCAGUGGCCACAGGCAAUUGGGGAUGUGGUGCCUUUGGAGGAGAUCCUAGAUUAAAAGCCUUAAUCCAGAUCCUGGCAUGUGCUGAAGCAGGGCGAGAUGUGGUGUAUUUCACCUUUGGAGACAGUGAACUAAUGAAGGAUAUACACGGAAUGCACACCCUCCUUACAGAAAAGGAUCUAACAGUUGGUGAAAUUUACUCGUUGCUGCUGAGAUAUCACAGUGAAUGCAGAACAUUUACAGGAUCCUUUGAAAGCAAACUGUACAAUUUUAUAAACAAUACCCUACGAUGCUGAAGAUUUGUGUGUUUGUUAAAGAAUUGUAUGGGUAUCCAAGAUACUGUACUGAUAUGAAAGCAAGAAAAUGCUUUACUUCUGUUAGUUCAAGAAUCCGUUUAGAUUUCUGGUUGUAACAUAUGGACUAGUUUAAUCUGUAUAUAGAACAGUGCAUUUUAGUCCUAUGUGCUUUACAAAUUGAAACCUAAAUCUUUUUAUGAUUAUUUCUAUCUUUUUUUUUUUAUAUAUAUAUAUAUAUAUAUAUAUAUAUAUAUAUAUAUAUAUAUAAUACAUUCAUUAUGAUUGGGGGGUGGAAAUCAUUUUUGUUCCUAUUAAUAUUUUUUUUGCUUCGAUUUCAUAAUUUUAAUAGAUUAUUAUUGAGAUGCAAUAAUUGCAUAAUCUCAACAUCUGGAUAUGCAUAUUAUCUGCUGCUUUGUGAAAUCCUAAAUAUAUUGAGAGAUCUAUUCAGUACCAGAUUUCCUGCAUCUGAAUCUAGCCAUCUAUUUUGAUUUAUAUUACUUGCUUAUGUUACUAUACAUUUUACAAUAUUUGUCUAGCAAGCCAAAGGUAUGGCUGUAUUUGAACAUGACAUGGAAUUUUAUAAAUAUUUGGAUGCACUAUUUUCCUGUUCUUGAAUAAAGGAUCUGCCUUUGUCUGUGGAAAAAAA